AUGCCCUCCCCUCGUUUACCUUCUCCUCCCCCCUCCCCUCCUCUGCCCCACGCUUCUUCCUUCCCCUCGCUAACCUACUCCGCUCCCUGCCCCUCCUCAAUUCGCACCCUACCCCUCGUUUUUCGUCCCCCUGCGCUUGCUUUCUUCCCUCCUUGCCCCUCGCUGCCCUUCUCCGCUCCCCUCCUCCCCCCUCUCCCCGGCCCCCCACUCUCGCCCCCUUGUCCUUGGCUUCCCACCUCCCUGCCCCACGUUUCCCCCCUCCUUGUGCUCAGCUUCUCCCCUCCUCGCCCUGCCCCUCAUUUUCCUCCCCCCCACGCUGGGUUUCUCCCCUCCCUGCACCUCCCUAUCUUUCCCCGUCCCUCUCCUUUGUUCCCUCCCUGCCCCUGGCCGCCUAUGCCCCUGUCCUUGGUUUCUCCCUUCCCUGCCCGACCCUCACCUGCUGUGGACUGUGCAGCCUCACCUGCUGCGGUCCGUAUAGCCUCCCCUGCUGCGGUCCCUCAAGUCUCGCCCGCUGUGGUCUCUGCAGCCUCCCCCGCUGCAGUCCCUACAGCCUCACAUGAUGCGGUCACUGCAGUCUCGCCUGCUGCCGUCCCUGCAGCCUCACCAUCUUCGGGCCCUGCAUCCUCACCGUCUGCGGGCCCUGCAGCCUCACCUGAUGCGAACUGUGCUGCCUCACCUUUUGCGGUCCCCGUAACCAACUCAGCUGCGCUUCCUGCGACUCCCUCUCCUGCAAAAACUGAUUCCCUGGCCUCUGCCUCUACCCUUUCCGUGGCUAGAGUCACCACCCCUAGCACCUUUCCAGGAGCCUCUACUAUCCCCCCCGUAUCUUUGCUAUACCCACUGUAA